AUGGUUCCUCCACGCUCUCUUCUUCACCUCGCCCUGGCCGCCCUCUCUUCGGCAGCAGCCCUCCCCCGCCAGGCCCAGGAGCCAACCUACGAUGCCAUCAUCAUCGGCGGCGGACCCUCCGGUCUGGGCGCCUUGAGCGGCCUCGCCCGCGUCCGCAGAAACGUCCUGCUCAUCGACUCGGCCGAGUACCGCAAUGCGGACACCAGGCACAUGCACGACGUCCUGGGCUUCGACGGCGUCACCCCGGCCUACUUCCGCUGGGCCGCCCGCGAGCAGAUCUCGCACUACGAGACCGUGACCUUCACCAACGGCACCGUCGAGUCCAUCGUGUCCUCGUCCAACUCGUCCUCCUCCCCCUUGUUCACCGUCACCUCGCGCCCCCUCUCCAACGACACCUCCUCCACCACCACCACCCACCUCGCCCGCCGCAUCGUCCUCGCCACCGGCCUGCGCGACCUCCUCCCCGGCACGCCGGGCGUGGCCGAGUCCUGGGGCCGCGGCCUCUUCUGGUGCCCGUGGUGCGACGGCCACGAGCACGCCGACCAGCCGCUCGGCAUCCUCGCCCCGCUGAGCGAGGUGCCCGCCAUGGUGCGCGAGAUGCGCACCCUCAACACGGACGUCGUCGCCUUCGUCAACGGCAGCGACACGGCCGCCGGGCGUGCCGAGACCGCCACGGCCGAGAGUGGCAGUGAUUGGGAGGAGUACCUGCGCCUGCUCGGCGUGCGCGUCGAGAACCGCACCAUCACCGCCGUCGAGCGCCUCAAGGACGGCGGCGUCGCCAACGACGCCGUGUCCGACCCCAGCCUGCCCACCGCGGCCGAGUACGACGCGUUCCGCGUGCACUUCGGCGAGGGCGAGCCCGUCGAGCGCGCCGCGCUGUUCGCCAGCUUCGCCAAGGAGCAGCGCUCCGACGUGGGCGAGCGGUUGGGCGUCGACCUGAUCGCUGGGAGGCUGUUUGCCAACCAGUCGGCCAGCCUGCUGACCAACGUGCCCGGCGUGUGGGCCGUGGGAGACGCGAACUCGGACAACUCGACCAACGUGCCGCAUGCCCUGUACACCGGCAAGCGCGCCGCCGUUAGCUUGCACGUCAACUUGGAACGUGAAGAUGCCAAGGCGCUGCUUGCUGGCGAAGUCUCCAAGAGAGGAGCAGAGCUGGAUGCUCGCUCUGUUUGGGAGGAGAUGAACGGAGAGCCUGGCGAUGUCCUUUACGCGGGCCCGUUUGAGCAAUGA